AUGGGAUCUAGAGCUAUUUUCAAGAACCCACUCACUUCAGCACCAUUAUGGCAUGUUGUCGAUGCUACAGGACAUCACGUUGGUAAAUUGGCAUCAAAGAUUGCAGGAUUGUUACGUGGAAAGCAUAAGCCAAUCUUUGACAACUCUGCCACUCGUUUGUGUGGUGAUUAUGUAGUUGUAUUAAAUGCCCAUCGUAUCGAAUUCACAGGAAAGAAAUGGGAUCAAAAGUUAUAUAGAAAACAUUCUGGUUAUCCAGGUGGUUUAAAGGAAACAAAAGCAAAAGAAAUGAGAGAAAAGAAUCCAGAACAUAUUAUUAGACAUGCAGUUAUGGGAAUGUUACCAAAGAACAACAACAGAUAUUAUUUGGGACAAAAGUUAAAGAUUUACGAUGGUAUUUUCAAUCCACACAAUGGACAGAUCUCACAGGUUCCAUCUUCGUCGUUGGCACUCAAUAUCGGACCAUUUGUUGAACCAAACUUUGACCCAACUCCAGAGCAACUCACCGAGUACUUUGCUGGUUACAGAGUGGAUGUAGACGACAACGAAGAGUCGUUCUCCAUGGUCGAGACAAAGGUUAGAUCACACAAAGAGAAAUUAAAGACUGAAAGAAGAUUGUUAAGAAAGAAACGUAUCGGAGAAUUAAAACCAAUCAAUCUUCCAUCAACUACCACUUCACAAGACUCUGUAGAUUCAUAA